CCUACUUCUUAAUAAGCUCUCCUCUCUUCUCCUCCUUUUUCCUUCACACACACACAUAACAAAAAUGGUGAAGUUCUCAAAGGAGCUUGAAGCUCAGCUUAUACCAGAAUGGAAGGGUGCUUUCGUCAACUACUGGCUACUCAAGAAACAAGUUAAGAAGAUCAAGCUUUCAAGAGUCCCCAAACAACCCUCAGACGCAGCCGGAGAUUUUGGUGUCUCCAUUUUCGAUCCAGUUCGCUUUGUCACCAAAAGAAUUAGUGACAUGUUGUUCAAUUUCGAUAACAAAACGGAGAUAAUUCAGGUAAUCAAUUUUGCAAUGAGAGGGGCUUUUGUAGAGCUCUACAGAGGUCUUGGUUUGCUUAAAACUUACAGCUCACUAAAUAUGGUAGCUUUUACAAAGAUCCUAAAGAAAUUCGACAAGGUAUCAAACCAGCAGGCAUCAGAAAGUUAUCUGAAAGCAGUGAAGAUAUCACAUUUCAUUAGUUCUGAUAAGGUUGUUAGACUAAUGGACGAAGUGGAGUCCAUAUUCACAAAGCACUUCGCCAGUAAUGACAAGAAAAAGGCAAUGAAGUUUUUGAGGCCACAACAAAACAAAGAUUCUCAUACGGUAACCUUUUUUGUUGGUUUGUUUACAGGUUGUUUUGUAUCAUUGUUUAGUGUUUAUGCAAUUUUAGCGCACUUGUCUGGUAUAUUCUCUCCUAGCACAGAAAGAGAUUACAUGGAAACUGUCUACCCUGUUUUCAGUGUUUUUGCCUUACUCAGCCUGCACUUGUUUAUGUAUGGGUGCAACCUAUUCAUGUGGAAGAGUACAAGAAUCAAUUACAACUUUAUAUUUGAAUUCCAACCAAGCACGGCCCUAAAGUAUCGCGACGCCUUCCUCGUAUGCACAACCUUCAUGACAACUGUGGUUGCUGCCAUGGUUGUGCACCUUAUAUUAAGGGCAAAAAACUUCUUACCUAGCCAAGUUGAUGCCAUUCCUGGAGUUUUCCUUCUGUUUGCUGUUGCACUGCUUGUAUGCCCGUUAGACAUCUUAUAUCGACCAACUCGUUACUGCUUCAUCAGAGUAAUUCGUAACAUAGUCUUCUCACCACUUUAUAAGGUUUUGAUGGUAGAUUUUUUUAUGGCUGAUCAACUUACUAGCCAGAUCCCAUUGCUGAGACACAUGGAAUCCACAGCUUGUUACUUUCUUGCUGGAAAUUUCAGAUCACACCAAUACGAAACCUGCCGAAGUGGAAGGCUAUUUAGAGAGCUGCUUUAUGUUAUCUCGUUCUUGCCAUACUACUGGCGUGCCAUGCAAUGUGCAAGACGAUGGUUUGAUGAAUGUGACGUUAACCAUUUGGCUAACAUGGGAAAAUAUGUUUCUGCCAUGGUGGCAGCCGGAUCAAGGAUUACAUAUGCUAACAACCCGCACAGCCACCUAUGGUUUUAUAUAGUAGUGAUCACCUCUGUGGUGGCUACAGUCUACCAGUUAUACUGGGACUUUGUCAUGGACUGGGGGCUUUUCGACCCCAAAUCCAAGAACUUAUGGCUAAGAGACGAACUUAUUCUGAAGAACAAAAGCAUCUACUAUGCUUCCAUUGCCUUGAAUGCGGUCCUAAGAGUUGCUUGGGUAGAAACAGUAAUGGGAUUUCAUAGAAUUCCGGAUGUUGAGUCACGAUUGCUGGACUUUCUCUUAGCUUCAUUAGAGGUUAUCCGACGAGGGCAUUGGAACUUUUACAGGUUAGAGAAUGAGCAUCUAAAUAAUGUUGGCAAGUACAGGGCAGUGAAGACAGUUCCUCUACCAUUCCAUGAGACAGAUUCUGAUGGCUGAGAUGAUCCUGUCUAAUAUGUAUAGAAACCCCGAAAUGCUGACAUGGGGAAAUUGUAAGGCGCCGCCAAGUGUAAUGAAGAAAGGCGCUUUUCAAAUGGAGUACCUUUUUCUGCUGUUCAUUUUGGCAUUUUAAUUUGGAGGUGUAUCAUAUAUUUCUGAAGACAGUUCCUUUUCGGAUUGACUACUAAAAUACUCGCAUUCAAAUAACAAUAUAGAUGAACCCCGUUACAAGAAAUGAAAAUUGGAGCAAGUGAUUUCAUUUCAA